AUGAACAACGAAGAUAAUCUAAGGAAUCAGUUCAUGUCCAACACAAAUGCAUCCCGAGAUACCAUAAAGUAUGAUAGGAUCCCAUACCCUACAAAUGAGUUGGAUGAUUUUGAAUUCAAUGAUCAUAGAGAUCAGCCACGCCAAAAAGAAACCUAUGAAAUGAAUAGUUUGAAUUAUACUCAAGAAUUCCCAGGAAAUCAACAUGAUAGCCCCGUACUUAACCAACCACCGCAAAUACCUCCUAAGAACAACGCCCACGACAAAGAAAAUCUUCCCUUACCACCAAAUCCUUUUGAUACUCCAUUUGACGAAACUUAUAGAGGUAAUGACUUUUAUCCUACAAAACCUCAACCUCCAAUUCCUGAAUUUGAUGAAGAAGCACUCAUGAAACGAAAUGAAAAACACCGUAUCCGUCAAUUAAAGUCAAAACCUCGAUUUCAUUACACAAGAUUACCGUACUUCGGAAUACUAGUAACGGCCAUUCAAGUAAUUGUAUUUAUUGUGGAACUUAUCAAGAUGUCAACUUUAACAGGUUCAGCUUUUCAAACCCAACCUUAUUUCAAUCCGAUGUUGGGUCCUUCCACCUACCUUUUGGUUAAUAUGGGAGCUCGUUAUACUCCGUGUAUGAAUCAAAUUGAAGGUAUAACUAAUGAUACUUCCAUUCAAUACCCAUGUGCUAACUCUACUAAAUUGGAUACCAAUGUUUGUUCAUUGAAUGAGUUGUGUGGUCUUAGUGGCAUUCCUACUCAUGGGGAUUCCUGGGACCCAAAUCAAUGGUAUAGAAUUAUAACUCCAAUUUUCCUUCAUGCUGGAUUUUUACAUAUUUUAUUCAAUUUGCUUUUACAAGUUACCAUGGGUUUCAGUAUCGAAAGAUAUAUAGGUACAUUGAAAUACGCCAUUAUUUACAUGUUAUCAGGAGUCAGUGGAUUCUUAUUAGGUGCAAAUUUCACUCCUAAUGGAAUAGCCUCCACUGGUUGUUCAGGAUCCUUAUUCGGUAUUGUUGCUACUAACCUUUUGCUAUUCGUUUAUAGUGGCCGCAAGAAUACCAAUAUGUAUGGAACCAAGAAGUUCGGAUUAUUUUUAGCGGUUUUAAUAGGUGAAGUCAUAGUGAGUUUUGUGCUAGGGCUCUUACCAGGAUUAGACAAUUUCAGUCAUUUGGGAGGAUUCGCUAUGGGAUUCUUAGCAUCAUUUGUAUUAUUAAAAGAUCCUUAUUGGAUCUAUGAGAGUGGUAUUAUCACAUAUCAAUCGAAAUUAUCUACUUUUGAAGUAUUUAAGAACAAUUGGAAUCCCUUAUAUAACAUCGAUGAUAAAAUCAGAUCAAGAUUUUAUAUGUGGCUAGGAGUAAGAGGAUUAUGUUUCAUCAUCAUUGUGUUAUAUUUUGCAUUGUUAAUUAACAAUUUCUUUGGUAAAGGUGAAAUCACUACAGAUAACGGAUGUAGUUGGUGUAAGUAUAUUAGUUGUUUACCAGUAAAUGGGUGGUGCGAUAAUGGAUAUGUGCUGGUAACAACGCAGAAAAAUGAUUCACCAACAAAAUCAUCACCUUCCAGUUCAAGUUUAAUCACCACCACCGAAGUAUUUACCAGUACUAUUCCUUCUAGUAUAGAAAAUACCGAUUUUAAAAGAGAUUUUCAAUUGGAGGAAAGUGUUUGGGAUCCUCUUGAUGAUGCCACCAUUGGUCGUAACGACGCAACUUUCGGUAAUAUUGGUGUAAGCUUGAUCAUGGGCCUUAUACUCUAUAGAUACUUCAAGUUUAGAAGGUAA